AUGAGUCGAUCACAGGGUGAAUCAGGGGAAUUGGAUUACAAAAAGCAAGUGCAGAUGAAAGACAUAAACACUCCCUCAUUACCUCAAGCUACCUCAAUCGAUCCAAUCAACAAGUCUAUUCCUCCUAAUCCGAAUCAAUCUCCUUCAAAUAAAGCUCUCCUUCCACCAAGACCUAAAUUAUCUUAUACACCUGAAGUCGAUGAUCGUAUCAGGUUAAGCUCUCGGAGACCUUAUGAUCCUAGAGACGACCAUAGAAGAGACUACGAUCAUGAAUAUGACCGUGAACGCUAUCUUGAUGACCGCGAAAGGUAUCACGAUGACCGAUCUCGUGCACGGGAUCGAGAUCGAGACAGAGACUGUAGGGAGAGAGAACGCGAUCGGGGUCGGCAUCGAUCAAGAUCAAGAUCAAGGUCACGAUCCCGUGGACGAGACCGUGAAUGGGAACGCGAAACAGAAAGACGAUCUAUUCGCCCUCCGUACCCACUUCAUGAACGAAUAUCUGAACGUGAUCGGGAGCGUGAAAGGUCAAGGCGAUAUAGUCGCAGCCCCCCACCUGGAUGUGGCAGUUCUCGGAUAAGCCUUUCCUCUAGUCACCGUCGAAGACUAUCGCCUUCUGUGGCCUGCCCACCUGGCUACCCGUACGACCGCCGGGACGACCGUGACCUCAGAACGAGUCUCGAUUGUGAUUAUCGACCUCCACUAGACCGCAGAGACUUUGAUAGGUACGAGCCUCGCAGAAAUUUGGUUCGAGGUGACGACUACGAACGGCGUAGAGAUGAGGAGUACGAACGUCGUAGAGAAGAGGAGUACGAAAGACGCAAAAGAGAGGAUUGGCACGCUCAUCGAUCUCGUCGGUCUCCCUCCCCACCCCGUCUUCGACACUCGCCAUCCCCGGCCAAGCGACCAUCUGUCACGCUUAGCUCACUGGUGCCUCCGGUGCCUCGAUCGCCCCCGCCGCCCCCGCGGGCCAGGCUUGCAUCUCCCUCGCGAUCACACUCUCCUUCAGGUUAUUACCUGCCAGUUUAUCCUCCUGGCCGUUCUCCCAGUCGUCUCCGACCCUAUUCACGCUCGCGCUCUCCCUCCUCUUCGCGUUCCCCUCCCAAGUUACAUUACCACCCUCGCUCUCCGCCGCCAGGUCCUAGUCAAGCUAUACAGUCCCGAUCUCCAUCCAAUGCUCUAUCAAAAGCGUGCCCUCCGACGCUCUCCGCAUCACAUCAAACAUCUUUACCCUCAUCAUCACGCAUGAAGGUUUUCCAACAGUCUCUCAGCCUUCCAACCCAAACACAUCCUGCCCGUGUUGUAUCAGAGUCUUAUCUUUCGCGCUCCCCCUCCCCUUCCUCGGUACUAUCACCGCGUGAGACUCGCUCCGCUUCGCCGCCGUCUGUUCAAGCCAAGGUGCAGUCAUUUACUGAUAAUCUCCCCCCAAAAUCAUACGUAGUCACGCGCAAGGCGCUCGCCUCGUCUUUGGAUAUGACUCGCGAAUCUGAUGCACAAACCUCCAAACAGACCGUACUCAAACAGGCUCGAGCUGUGUCGAAAAUACCAUCCCAAGAUAUAAGUCCGGGGCCCGAUACUUCGACAAAGGAAACAAGUCAUAUUCCUCACCCAGAUUCACUUGUCCAGAAUGACAGCAUCUCAGGCUCACCUGUCGUGGGGCAGUCCGCUCAUCAGGCUAACCAUGAUGGAUCGAUUUUCUCCGUUCAUCGUAUAUCGCCUGACGAACGCUCUAGCCACCUGACCUCCAGCGCUGACAAUCACAGCCGCCCAACCACAACAGACUAUCAUCUGACCACUGGCCCGCGAUCAUAUAGAGCUCAUGAUCAUGAAUCAUCCGAGACAGACCGCAAGAGACAAAAAAUGAUGGGCUCGCCCUAUGACCGCUCUUCUUUACCAUCUGCACCUCAAUCUCCGCGGCCUAGUCUAACUGAAGAUGUGGCUCCUUCGUCCAGCAGACAAUUGUUAAAGCCUCCGCCAGCGAGAAACACCGUCAUCGUCGACCCUUCAUCGGAAAGAACUCUCAUCUCUUCAUCGGCUCGCAAGGAUGUUGAACACUCUUCAACUCGUGCUUCCUAUCCAACAAGUAGCAGUGUUCAUACCCGCUCCCUUCCGACUCACAGUAGCACAGCAGUCAAGAUUCCACCCAGUAUUCCGACCGGACCCAGGGCUGGUGUACCGAUUGGACCCAGAGCGUGGGCUUCGCAAAAAUUGACUAAAGCGCCCGUCACUUCGAUUCGCACUUCGCCUGUAAGCCCCUACAGAGCUUCGUUGCCAUCCUCCUCCCUUACUGACCAUGGUGAUACCUUAUCAUCUUCUCGUCAGCCUCCCCAGAAUAUCUCACCAAAAUCAUAUCGUGACUCAGCCGGUAUGACUUCGGGCUCGACCCGCUUACCUCGCUCGGAUCACUACCCACAUUCAGCACCAUUUCCCUCGGCGGAUGCUCUCAGUGGUCCUCCUCUAAACACACCUGCAUCUGAGGUAUUCAUGUCUCCACUUCCAGUGUCUAUUCCAAUCACCAUUCCACCACCAGCGCCACCACCUCCACCUCCAAAUCACCCGAGGGCCAGCAACAACUCGCUUUCGGAAGCGAAGUCAUCCUUCAAUGUGCGCUCCAACACCCCCAUCCCAACACCAUCCGGUAGUAACUCACCGGUGACAACAUUCGGAAAACAACCUACCCUCAAUGUCGUAUCAUCAACACCAGCUGCCAAUCAAAUAGCGAAAUCUAGUAUUACUGCGAAUGGACUGGGGUUGAGAAAAGAUAGCAUUGGUGGUAUCGCGUCAUCAUCAUCAUCUGGUAGUGCGCCAUCUAUCCCUAUUACAACAGCUACACCUGCUGCAUCUUCUUCUACUCAAGUCAGAGUCAAUAACUACCCCGGUGGUAAAUUGCACCCUUCGACCCAAGCUUAUGGAAGUGUUGGAGGCAAUUAUGUGGGAAGCAAUGGGAUGAGUGGAAAUAAUCAACCACAUGUAGGUGCAACAGUUCAGGUUUCACCGCCAGUGAUUGAUCGAGAUUUGGAACGAGCGCAAAGAAUGUGCGAAGUUUGUCCUAGUUUGGAACAAGAGAUUGCAAAAUUACGAUCCACUCGUAAUUCAAGCAUGUUAGCAUCACAUUUGAACUGCAAGGUUGCAUCAGAGAAGACAUUGGCGGAGUUGAAAUAUCAAAUGAUUGAAAUGAAAGUGUUAAGUGAACGUAGGAAAUUGGCUGAAGCUCAAUUGGAUCGGCAUGGUGGUGGGAUUAGUCUAGCAAUGGGAUUUUAG